AUGCCUCGUCUAACCAGAAAUAGUCGAGAAUCUGGACCCGUCUUUCCGGGCGUUGUUAGUUCGGAGCAGUCUAGCUCGGAAUCGCGUACAUCUAUUGGCGCUACAUCUAGCGCAUCUACGACCACAAACACCGUGGUUCAGUCGGGAACGAGUACGAUGCCAGCAUUGUCGACCGGGGAUAUUGUUACCAAUGUAGUCCAAGUAUUACAAGGUCAACUAACCAGCCUGGUACAGAAUGCCAUUGACGCCCAGCUAUCUUCGUCGGCAAGUGGUAGUUCAGUCGCAAAUUGCGAGGUAUCGUCGCAGGCACAACUCUCUACAGUCACAUCCCGUACAGCGUCCUUCGUGCAUAACCUUGCGACCAGCGCGGGGAAUUUUUCGACUUUGGGUUCAGCGCCAUUUCGAUCGUCGGCUACGAGUGAGGCAAGUACCGGUAUGCCACGUAUGGUGAGUUGUUUGGCGAAUUCAACAGGUAGGAUCAUUCCAAACUUUUUAAAUACGUUUACUGCUCCUAUCAGCUCAAGUGUGUGGUCUUCGGGAGGUGGUUAUAGUACCCCCGAGGUUGCCUUAGCAUCGCAACCUUCAGUUGUGCCUUCGAUGGUUAUUCUAGCGCAGAACAAUUGUUACCCCAGUCUCUUCAUGGUCAUGGCCCUUCCCCGUUUAUCGUGGGUCCAGGUUACGCUCCCAUCUCGGCUAAAAUUGUUAAUGCCAUUGUGUCAGGGAAGUACAUUAAUCUUGGGGACCUACUUCCGGAAAAUGCGCUGGUUGUGGACGAUUUUAGCGAACCACAGUUAUUGUUAGACGGCCGUCUAGUGUUAACGGGUUCUGCGCGAAAGCCUCGGAAAGAAAUAACCGAUAUCUUGUCUUGGGUGGAAGCCUUCACAGUCUUCAGCGUGAUUGUCUGUUCGUACUUUCCGAACCGAUGGCGUGAUUUGUCAUCGUACAAGCUUUUAAUUUUGCGCACGUAUCGUCAGUUUGCUGGUUAUGCAUGGUGUGAUUACGAUAAAGCGUUUAGACAACACGCUGCUGCUACCAGGCUCUUGGACUGGUCGGAACUUAAUGUGCAGCUUUUUAAUUUCCACACGGCUGGUUCGGCCUAUAGAGGUCCCAACAGACUUACUACAGCGUCUAGUAGUUCUCGUUCCGAGCCUAAUGGUAAUCGUAACCAUGACUGUUCGGUCAAGUGUUUCUCGUGGAACAAGGGACGGUGCGUAGCACCUUCGGCAGUUUGUCGCUACAAACAUGCGUGUACGUUGUGUUCCGCUGCACAUCGUGAGAUCGAGUGCCCAUCAGUCUCUGCUGCUUCAAAUCCGCCAUUUUAUUCUGGCUCAAAUGGACCCGUUGGGGUUAACAAAAAGCGUCGGUUAUAA